UGGUAGCCUCAAGUAAAGGUUGUUUUGGUUUAGAGUGUUGAGGUGAGAGCCGCUGACGAAAACCGGUUUGGUGCUGGAAGAACUUUCAGCAGGUGGUAACCAACUAAAACGUUAAGUUUGAUCUACUUCAGCUCCGUCUUGAGCUGUUGAGGCUGCUGAUUUGAAAGAAGAAGUCUUGACCGUUACCACAAAACAGCGAACUUUUCUCAGGUCGACGUCUCAAAACUUUGAAGACGCUCCAGCAAGAUGGCGCCCAGGAUCGUCAAGGAGUUGUUGUCCUUUUGGAAGUCUAUCGUCUUCCUCCUCACACCAGUACUUUUGUGCCCGCUCCCGAUUUACUUCGCCUCCACGCAAUACAGCAAGAUUGCAGCCUGUGCCUAUGCUGUGAUCAUCAUGGCAGUGUACUGGACAACAGAAGUUCUUCCUUUGGCUGUCACUGCUCUUCUUCCCAUCAUUCUGUUUCCCAUGCUUGGGGUCCAGUCAUCGAAGGAUGUCUGUAUCAACUACUUAAAGGACAACAAUUUUCUGUUUGUUGGAGGAUUGCUGGUUGCUGUGGCCAUAGAAAAGUGGAAUCUCCACAAGAGGAUCGCACUGAGGGUUUUGCUGACUGUUGGUUCUGAACCAAGAUGGUUGAUGUUAGGAAUGAUGUCAGCCACAGCAUUCUUGUCCAUGUGGAUCAGCAACACAGCAACAACUGCCAUGAUGGUCCCCAUCGCACAGGCCAUCCUGACGGAGUUACUGAGGGAGACAGGAAAGGACAAACCUGAAGAGAGAAGGAUGCUGCCUCCUGACGGGAAAACAGGAGGAGGGGAGGAUGGAGAGGCACUCAAACUCAAGGAGAUAAGAAUGGAGGAAGGUGACCAUGACUUUGUUGAAGAUGACACGACAAUGGCAGAAGACCAGGAAUUAUUGCUUCAUCAUUUACAAAAACAGUUGCAGAGCAGCUCAGCAGAUAGUGGUGACAGGAUGAGCAAGGGUCUGCUGUUGUGUAUUUGUUACGCUGCCAACAUCGGAGGUACCGCCACCCUGACUGGUACAGGCCCCAACCUGGUCAUCACACAGGCUGUGGACACACUGUUCCCCAACGGUCCAGGCAUUGACUUUGUGACCUGGUUCUCCUUCGGCUUCCCUGCUAUGAUUCUGGCCCUUCUCCUGGCCUGGAUCUGGCUUCAGUGUAUGUUUCUGGACUGCAGUUGUCUGCUGGGAUGCAUUAAGCAGAGAGGGUGCAAGGGCAGAUGUAAACGAGACCGGGACAAUGCUGCCUAUAAGGUCAUCAGGAGACAAUACGAUGAGCUGGGACCUGUGUCGUUUCCAGAGAAAGUUGUUCUCCUCCACUUUGUCUUGCUGGUGCUCCUGUGGUUUUUCCGGGACAUGAAGUUUGUGAAACUGGAGAAUGGGCGGGCUGCUGGAUGGACCUACUUCUUUGUGAAAGGCUACAUGACAGAUGCAGCCACAGGUAUCAUGGUCGCCAUCUUCCUGUUCUUCUGGCCGUCCAAACCUCCCAACUUCAUGUGCUGCAGACAGAAAAGAGACACCCGUCCAGCGGAGCCUGCCCCGCCCAUCCUAGAUUGGGCCACGGUACAUCAGAAGAUGCCCUGGAGUGUCGUCAUCCUCCUGGGAGGAGGGUUUGCACUCGCAGAUGGAGUCAAGGCUUCUGGCCUCUCGGACUGGAUGGGACAAGGCUUCCAAACAUUUGCAGGGUUUCCCGUGGUCGCCCUAGCUCUCAUCAUUUGCGUCAUUGUGGCCUUCAUAACAGAGUUCACCAGCAACACGUCUACUGCUGCCAUCUUUCUGCCUAUCCUCGGAAAACUGGUAUCAGGCCUGUCUAUGUGGCUGAGUGAGGCAUUUACUAGUCUUGCUGGAGUGCCUCCCGCUGUCGUUGCACUGGUUGUAUCCAUCAUUGUGGCCUUCAUAACUGAGUUCACCAGUAAUGUUUCCACAGCCUCCAUCUUUCUCCCCAUCAUUGGUAAAAUGGCUGAGGGUAUCUGUGUCCACCCUUAUUACCUAAUGAUCCCGGCAACCAUCGCCUGUUCUUUUGCCUUCAUGCUACCAGUGGCGACACCGCCCAAUGCCAUUGUUUUCUCGUAUGGGCGCAUCAAAGUGUUUGACAUGGCCAAGUGUGGCUUCAUGUUGAACCUGGGCUGUAUCCUGGUGCUCACUUUCGCCAUCAACACCUACGGGAUCCCCUUGUAUGGCCUCAGCACGUUCCCAUCCUGGGCCACCUGUGCUGCUGGUGGGGUCACCCUGCUGGGCCCUGCCAAUGUCACGGGGCUUCCUGCUAAUGUUACUCUGGGGUAAAGCUGUUCCAGAUGGCCACUCGACAACUAGUAUCUUCAAAAUGAAAAACAUCGUCCUUCACCGGCUUCUCUGUGGGCAUUGCUUGCAGCAUGCUUACAAGCUUCCUGGCAUAUAUUCCUUUCCCAGCGUAUUUGUGAAUUGACUUCCCCCAUCACCGCCCCAAAAAGCACAAUCCCGCCCCACAACAACUUACACUAAAUGCCAAGGCCUACAGAGAAGCCGGUGAAGGAGGCUAAAAUUUGUCCGUGCAACACAAACUUGGAGGGUUCACACAUUGCUUUGUGUUAGUAGAUCACUUCCAGAUAUAUUUCUGUUUUGCAUUUUAAGCACUCUCAAAAGACAAUUGGUGUGGUGUUGUAGCAUUUUACAGCUGGUUUCCUAAGUGCAUUGCUUGUAGAAAAUGUUUUAUCAGGAAGUUCUGCAUUGUGUUACACUUUUUGCUAACGAUACACUGUUACAUGCUUCCUCAAGCUCAGACUUUCAUUAAACAAGCUGUGUACAUAGCACCCCCUAACAAGCUUUUAAGGAAACACAAUCAAUUCUAAGUAUGUAGUGUUAAGAUUUUACACUUUAUUAAUAUGUUUAUGUAUUGGUUUUUACUAUUAACUGUUUUAAUGUGCUGUAUUGUUUCUAGUGCUUCUUUAAGGAUGAGACAACUGAAUGUUUGGCAGGGUUGUGUACCCAAUGCCUUGGUAGAAAUAAGGAUAAUCUAAGCCAUUUGAACAACUACACAUCACAUAUUUUACCUUAUUCAUCUUGGGUCAACCCGGUGUGCAUUGCACUCAAAGUGCACUUAGCUCGUUUGAAAUUUUAAAGCCCUGAAUUUUGUAGCAGCAGCUAUAUGUAUGAUAUACAGUUUUAUCAUGUUUUCACAUUUUGAUAGGUGGUGACAUCUAACAAGUGUAAUGUUUUUAAUUUCUGACAUACUCUAUACUAAUGUGACAGAGAUUAUUUUUGCAAGGAGAAACAUGCUGACAAUCAUGUUAUUCAGACAAUCAUGAUAAAAUUGUGAGAACUAACAGAUAGGAACUGAAAAUUGUUGCAUACCGGUACUUUCUAUAGAAACUCAUGUAUAUCAAAGAAUAGUUUUUCUUGUGUGAAACUAACAAGUGCAAGAUGGUCAUUAGAAAUCGUUUUUGAAAGGAGAAACGCAAUUAUGUUGGUUUAGAUCUUGUUAAGAGGAUGACUAGACAAACAGAUUUUAUCUUCUUAAUUGUCAAUCCUGCUUGACUUAAUCCUAUUUCUAAUAUAAUAAUCUUAUCAUCAUGUGUGUGAGUUUGUGUCUCUACAUUGUACAACUGUAAUGUGACAUGGCAAUGUUAUUUCUAAUGAGUAAUUGCAAGAUAACUAUGACACUAUUUUUCUAAAUACUAGCAGACUAAGCUACUUUUAUGUUUUCAUCAUAUGAGAAAAAAAACAGAUUUAUAAACUCAGCCCAGAUGAA